AUGCCAGCAAAUCAAUCAAAACGUAAACGAGCCAUUGAAGUUCAUAAUAAAAAAGUCACUCAACGAGGCAAUGUACCAAAAUCAGGUAAACAAGCAGAUACCAAAACACCUGUUGGUCCAUGGCUUUUGGCCUUAUUUGUUUUUGUCGUUAUAGUUUGUGAUUCAUUAACUGCCGACAGUCUCCGUUCAAUUUAUAUGAAAGUGCCAACGCUUCCUCUUGGCCAAUCUGUCAUUCACAUUCCUGUCAGUGGAUCCAUUAAACCAUCUGUCUGCGUCACUCAAUCAUUAGCGACAGCUACGCCAACGAAGGGGUUAACGACCGAAGAAGUUGCUGUAAUUAAAUCUUACACAUCCAGUUGUCGGCUCUAUGAAAUGCUCAAUGCAGCACUACGAACUGAACAGCAAGCAAAUAUUCAACCUUGGUUCGCUUACUUAAAACUUUUUCAAAUGGCUAUCGUCAAAAUUCCUGCAAAACACGGAUCUUAUUGUCGUGGAAUAACAGGAGAUUAUCAUAAUAUGUAUAAAGUUGGGAGUACUGUCGUUUGGUGGGGCAUAUCAUCAGUGUCCGCAUCAGAAUCAGUAUGUAUCGGCUUUGCGACUCCGUCUGGUUCUACUGUUGAGCCGAUGAAUGGUACACUUUUUACAAUCUUGUCUUCAUCAGCGCGAGGAAUAGUAGAAUUUUCAAAUUUUCCUCACGAAGCCGAAUCAAUUUUAUUGCCAGCUACGAAAUUCAACGUUCUAAGCAACAAACUCAGUACAAAUCGUAGAGGAUUAUAUGAAAUCACUCUUCAAGAAAUCGAAGCUGCACCCUCAGCAAUAAGUAAAUUAAUGCCAACAGUCAAAAUAAAAGCAACCCAAGCAACGACUAAAGCAGGAACUACAUCAGCUAAAAUAGGGACUACGUUAACUAAACUAACUAUUAAAAUAGGGACUACGUCAACAACUAAAGCAGGAACUACAUCAACUAAACUAACAACUAAAUUAGGGACUACAUCAACUAAAUUAACAACUAAAACAGGAACUACAUCGACUAAAUUAACAACUAAAGCAGGGCCUACAUCAACAAUUAAAAUAGGAACUACGUCAACUAAAUUAACAUUGAAAACAACUUCACGAACAAUGAGAACUACAACAAGAAAAACAGCAUUGCGUACGACUUCAAGACUUCCUUGGGAUCCAAAACCAAAACCAAUAUCAUCCUUGGCUAAUACUAUCGUCGAAAAAAGGUAA